GGCGGGAAAACGGUGUUUCGCUCUGAUGGGGGCAUGGUUCUGCUGUGUUGAAGCGGAAACGAAGACCUCCAUCCUUUACCGGUGCUUACACGUCGUUUAUAACCGCUAAACUCCCCCUUUUUACCGGACAACCCCCUCAGAGGAGCCGCUAUGCCGAGUUCCACCAUGCAGAAGAUAACCGAAAAACUUCUCAUUGAGAGAGGCUUUCCAAAAUCAAGCAAGCUGGAACAAAUUCACUCUUUAAACCUGUCAAAGCUGGGCCUGAGGUGUGAAGACCUGCCAGUGUCUCUUCUGUCCCGCCUGGUGUCUCUGGAGAAGCUGGACUUGUCGAAGAACAGGCUGACGAAGUUCCCUGGUGCUCUGCUUCUGCCCGCGCUCAAGCACCUGGACCUUAGCGAUAACCAGAUGGAAGAUGUUUGCAGCCUGCAGUGUCUGAGUGCACUGGAGGAGCUGUGCCUGGAGGAUAACCUCUACAUCACUGUGAGUGAUAACUACAAGCUGAUGGUGCUGCUGCCCCAGCUCAGGAUGUACAAUGGGAAAGACGUCACUGCUAUGGCAAAUCACCUACGUUACGUUUACACAGACAACCUGCGCACAAGGAUGGUGUCUGUGUGGGAGAGGAGUUUCAGCCUGUCCCAGCCCAUGAGCGCAGACAAGUUGGCCGCUCUGGAGGCAGACUUUGUGCGCACAGCCAAGCAGCAGGUGAAGUUUGGGCCCAGCUCAGUGAGUGACUUCACCAAGUGGAAGGUCGGUAUCAUGGCAGCUGAGUUCGUCCAGUUUCAGAUACAACAGAAAAAUCAGCCACACACAAUGGAAUCCACUGCAGACCAAGAUUCCAAGGAUGCAACAUCACUAAAGAGAAAGAGGGCCGUCUCACCAGUCGCGGCUACAAAAGGGACUCCUGCUAAAAAAAACAUGGUACCAGCAUCCCCAGUCCGAGAGAGCCCCCGCAAAUCAGGCCUGAGACUCAUUGCUCAGAGGGAGAAUCAAAGCCACAGUCCGCAUAAGACCUCCACCCCAACUAACAGCCCCCGCAACAUUCGGAAGAGCAGACAGGACAGUGUCAGCCGUCACCCCAGCAGCAGUCCAGCUAAACACCUUCUGCUAAAAGCAAAGAGCCCAAAUCAGUUGCAGAAGCCUGUGGGUCUGAAGACCCAUCAUGUACUGCAGUGCCACAGUAAACAAGAUAGUACUGAUGACCUGAGCACUCAGCUGUGGGCCUGUGCUUUCCAGCCCUCCUCUGUCGGGUCUAGUCACCUGGUGGCCACCUGUGGCGGGGACUCGGUGUGCCUGAUUGACUGUGAACUCGGCCUGGUCAUGAAAAAGUACAAAGUCCCUGGAGAGGAGUUCUUCAGCCUGGCAUGGAGCACCGUGUUGAUGUGCUGUGGCCGAGGCAUUGCUGCUCAGCCCUGUAACGUCCUGGCAGCUGGAGGGAAGAGGGGCAUGGUCAAACUGAUCCACCCACGGAAUAAUAUCGCUUAUGGAGAGUUUAGAGCUAGUCGCAAAGCUCUAUCUGUGCUCCACUUCAACCCCAACAAGGGCAACUUUCUCUACACUGGUUCCUACGACAAUAAGAUUGUGCUCUGGGACAUUGGAGGACUGGACAAUCACUACAACUACAAAGUUGUUUCUCUGAUGUCAUUGGAAUGCGGCUCCACCCCCUUACACCUCUGCGUUCCCCCCAAGGCUCCCCUCUCUCACCUCCUGACAGCUUGUGACAACGGACUACACUGUUACAGCGGCCAGGUGCCCACCACAAUCACAAAUAGAUGGAAGCAGAGAGAGGUGACUUUUCCUGUGUACAAAGAGGAGGACUCUGAGCAUGACUACCACACUGUGGACGGACUAGCCUUUCUAUCAGACGACAUAGUAGCCUCAAAGAACUACAUGCACAGAAGCAUCUACCUGUGGCGCUGGAGUCAGACGGUAGCUCAGCAGCCCCAUAAGAAGACUGGCUGUGUGAGUGCAGUGGUUCUGGCUGAGCUGCAGUGGACCUCCACCCAAGUGCCCUAUCUUUCCCUCAGCACCUGCCCAGGCUACUCCUAUGUGGUGUGUGGAGAUGACAAAGGACGCUUAUGGACCUACCACAUCAGGGACCUGAAGGACGAGAGUAUUGCUCCCCAGAUCUUAGAGUGGCCAGCCCCUCUCAAGAACGGCAAGACACUAGUGGAGGGCCCCUCAAUCAACAGUGUGGGUAUGGACCCUGAACUGAAGUACCUGGUGGCUCUGACCAACCGCAACAUGGUGGUGGUGUGGAGGAGAGAGGAGACACCCUGAGCAAAGAAGGGGUAGACCUAUGUUUCAACACAGAGGACACUGCUAUUAUACAGACACUUUUAUUUGGUCAUUUAUUUUAUUGUUUUUAGUUUUAUCUGAAAUUGAAUUGGGCAGAUAGAAAAAAUGGGUUCACUACUUUGCAGUGACAACAUGCUGUUGCAUAUCUACGGUGGAAUGUUCAGCAGUUUCCCUGGUGACACAAUGCACACAUUAUCAAACAUAGCCAAAAAAAAUAAAUAAGAUGGUGUGAAAAUUCAAGAAAGAAAAAAUGCAAAAUAGAUUUAAACAACUCAUUUUCAGGAGUCUAUGAUCAAUGCAAGCGUUCAUGAACCCAUUUAGGUGUUUGAUGUUUGACAAAAAGGUGAGUGUGACUGACUGAAAAACUGUUGGUUAAUGCUAGCUAGCUUGUGACUGUAAUGUUAUUUGAGAGCAUGGAUCUAUAAUAAGAACUUAUAAGGCGUUCUCCCUCCAUCCCGGUGUGAGAUCGACUAGUGGCCGGCCACUACAGCUCAGGGGAGUCAUAGAGCGCAAUGCAUUUGACUAACAGAUUUCAUAGAGGUCAGGUGUUGUAGGGAUUCUUGUGCAUUUUCACAACAUGAACUAUUUACAUUUUUUAAGUCUUCAAAGAUGCUAAAAGGUAGCUUUGUGAGAUUUAUCCUAGCCCCACUCAGAGAUAGCUGCUAGAGCGGAGCUAGCACCAGCUCAGAUUCCCCAGAAGUGAUGGUGGUGCACGUUUCUGAUGUUACACAUUGGGAGAUGCUAGGGAUUUUAUUUUAUUUUAUUUUUUAGCAUUUUACGGCAAUGAGCUCAGGCCAUUAAAAACAAUACGUCGACAUCUUUGGUUCAUCUUCCAGAUCUUAUUAUACUUACAUGUUUGAGAGGCACAAACAGCACAAAGCAUCUGUGCUCAUUUGGUCAGAAGAGAGAACAGUUUGUACCACAUAAUCUGUUAUGAACUACGACAAUUUGAGUAUAUUUCCAUUUUUCCAAAAUGCAUGAAUAAUUUUAGUAAUAAGGACAAUAUUUUUUUUCUAUCAGUGGCGUGCUUUAAAACAAGAUCUUUAUUUUUCAUCAAGAAUAUAUAUUAAGCCUGUAUUAAGAGUUUUGAUGCUCAGUGGAUGCUAAUCAGCUGUGGAGUGAUUUGAUUCACUGUUACAGUACAGUUAUAAAUCCAGUUAAAGAUCUAUAAUAUUGUUGGGAUUAAGAAUUGUAUUGCCAUUAACAGUCUAUCGAGCUUUUAACACGAGAAGAGAACAUGAUAAAAGUAUUUGAUUGUUAUGUUGCUUCACUUUUCUUAAUGAUAAUGUACCGUAAAUCAAGUCUUUUAAUUCUUGUUUGUGUGGCAAAAUCUGUUCAGACAGUGAAUGG